UUGAACUGAUCAUGGAAAGAAGAUAAAGGAGUUUGGCGAUACCAGGGAGACAGCGCUUGAUCGAUCUAACAAUUACAUUAUUGUGGUCUUUGAUCUCCUUGUACGACACACUGUAUCCGUUCCCAAGCCAAGGGCAAGGUCUUUGAUCGACUUCUGAAGACAGCCUAGGCGAAAUUGCCAGUACAAAGGUUGAUCUUGUAAUACAGAGAGCAUCACCUCAGGAGAGGAAAAAAGGAGUUGGAGUAGUCGAAGUAUUGUGUUCAGUUGAUUGUGAUACUGGUGCUGAAGCAGAACGUAAUCAUACUAAUAAGAAGCCAAGGCUCUGUGCGUGAGGUGCCAGUAUGUUCAAAAAGCAGGAUGUCAAACAGCAAAUGCGACAACAGCGGCGCGAUCUAAGCCGCACACAGAGGGACAUGACGCGGGAAAUACAGUCGAUCGAGAGACAGGAAAAGACCUUGGAAGCGCAAAUCCAGAAAGCUGCCAAGGCAGGAAAUAAGCAGCUUGCGACAACGUACGCCAAGCAAUUAGUUCAGCUUCGCAAGCAGAAGACGAAAUUCAUGGGUAUAAAUUCCAAAGUGACGAGUGUUAGUCAUCAAACUAAGUCAAUGGAGGCAAACAUGAAGAUGGCUGGUGCAAUGGCGGCUACGACAAAGGUGAUGGGGAGUAUGAAUGCACAGAUGGAUCCUCAGCAGCUCGCCCAGACCAUGCAAGAGUUCGAGAAGCAGAAUGCCAAAAUGGAAAUGACCGAGGAGCUGAUGAACGACACAUUGGAAGGUGUACUGGAUGAUUCCGAGGACGAAGCAGCUACCGAGAGUGUCGUUGGACAAGUUCUGGAUGAAAUCGGCAUUGAGAUCAGUGGCAAGCUAUCGGAAGCACCGUCUGCAUCGCGACGUGCUUUACCCUCGGCGGCAGCUGCUGCAUCGGCAUCCAAGGGCCCGUCGGACGCUGACAUCGAGGCACAGCUGGCACAACUGCUCAACCCUUGAGGUAGUGCCGCACGGCUUUUGCGUCUUUUCUCUGUGCCCCUCUUCUCUGCAGUCGUUGAUUACGCCCAUUGUCUUGUCUGCUUAUGAUUGCGCCCCUACUGUUGUAUUAUCAGUCACUCUCUUUCCUGCCUCCUCUCGUAUGUUCUGUUGUGCGUAUAGAUCCUGUGUGUAAACUUCCCUGUAGUUGCAGCUGUCUGGCACAGCGGCACUCUCACUGUCAUAUUCUGUACAUACAGGUACUAUUUAAGCUAUAGGAUAUAGAAGCUUAUCCCGGGGAAUCCCCUCACCUCACUGACAGCACAGUUAUACUUGUAGAUACAUGUAUUGUGUUUUGUGCUCUGCUUUAGCCUUUUCUUUUGCGUGUUGAAUGUUUGACAAUGUAAAAUGCCAGCUAUUUUGUUUGCAACCAGUGUUGCAUUCUCUAGAUUGCUCAUUUUUUUAGGCCGUCAAUAUUGAAUUUCUAGGAUUUUAUAUUAUGCCAGUGCAUGUAUGUGUACAAAUUUUUACAAUAAUUAUAUUUUCGCGUAAAACAUCACUGAGUCUGAUUGUGAUAGAAUGGUAAUACAGUGUAUUCCACUUGCGAUACAAGUAGCUGUACCUUGCUGUACUUGGAUCGUGUUGUUUCAGACGAUAGGAGUGGCUGCAACCUAUGAAAAGCCUUCUUUUGGUUUUUGAAUUGUGUUUGUGACUCAACAACUGUGAUGUGCAGUGAUCCUGCCAUGAACAUA